AGCAGAAACAACAUGAAUCAGACCAACCAGACCUGGGUGACAGAAUUCUUCCUCUUGGGACUUUCUGACGACCCUCAGACACAGCUGCUACUCUUUGUAUUGUUCCUGGCAGUCUACUUGGGUACCAUACUUGGAAACCUGCUCCUCACAUCUUUGGUUCUGCUUGACUCACAGCUCCAUACACCCAUGUAUUUUUUCCUGUGUAAUUUAUCUCUGGCUGACCUCUGCUUCUCAACUACCAUUGUUCCCCAAACCCUGAUCCACAUGUUAUCUAGAAGGAAAUUAAUUUCUUUCACAGGCUGUGCUGUUCAACUUAUUUUCAUCCUAUUCUUUGGAUCUACACAGUGUUCUUUACUAGGUGUUAUGUCUUAUGACAGGUACUUGGCAAUCUGUGACCCUAUGCACUACCCCCUCAUCAUGACUUGGAGGGUGUGUGGACUCUUGGCCUUAGGGUGCUGGUUCAGUGGCAUUGUUGCAUCCCUAGUGGACACUGCAUUUACACUAAGCCUUCCUUACCAAGGAGACAACAGAAUUUCUCAUUUUAUUUGUGAGCCCCCAGCCCUUCUGGUUGUGGCAUCUGCAGACACACACAGCUCAGAGAUGGCUGUUUUCUUGAUGGGUGUGGUGAUUCUUCUUGCCCCCAUAUCCCUGAUUAUGAUCUCAUAUGUGUGUAUCAUAAUGUCUGUGGUCAGGAUGAAGAAAACCUCAGGGAGACUCAAGGCCUUCUCCACUUGUGGCUCCCAUCUCAUUGUGGUCGUAAUAUUUUAUGGAUCAGCAAUCAUCAACUACAUGACACCUAAGUCUGCCAAGGAACUAGGGAAAAUGGUAUCUGUGUUCUAUACAGUGAUAAACCCUAUGCUCAACCCCCUCAUAUAUAGCUUGAGAAACAAGGAUGUAAAAAGGGCAUUCAAGAAUGCAGCCAAUGGGAGACCAAUCUGCAGAACAUGA